AUGCCGUUCAUGCCGGUGAAGUUCAACCUGCAGAAGCGGGUGAAGCUGGCACAGGGUCUGUGGAUGAUCUACUGGCUCUCAGUCAUCGUGGGGAUCCUAAUCUUCAGCCUCGGUAUCUUUUUCAAGAUCGAGCUGCGAAAAAGAAGCGAAAUGAUGGACAAUGAUGAGAGUCACUUAGUGCCCAACCUGCUGAUCCUGGUUGGUUUGAUUUCCUGCGGGGUCAACGCCUUUGGAGGAAAGGUGUGCCAUGACUCUCUGGACCCGGUCAAAUUCACCAAGUGGAAGCCAAUGUUGAAGUCUUACCUGCUGAUGUGCUGCGGCUUCAAUGGCCUGUUGCUGUUGACGGGGCUGCUCUGCUUCCUCAUGCAGUUUGCCAUGUACCUGACACUAGCUGAGGGCCUGAAGAACAGCAUCAAGUUCUACAAGGACACGGACACACCAGGACGCUGCUUCAUGAAGAGGACACUUGACAUGACACAGAUCGAGUUUCGUUGCUGUGGGAACAACAACUUCAGGGACUGGUUUGAGGUGCAGUGGAUCAGCAACCGAUACCUGGACAUGAGCAACGACCUGGUCAAAGAGUGAGUACACCAACAGAUACUUGCACCCAACCAGCAGAAACAACUAAGACAGCUGAGCUACCACUACUCAAACUGGCCUAUCCAGACUGGUUAAAUGAUGAAGCAGCAGGGUUGUACAUCACCUUAGACUAUUUACUACAGGCAAAAUCAAACAUCAUUGAGAUCAAAACUAAGAUGGUUAAAGAGUUCACAUUGAGCUGAGAAACUGGCGUGAUACAUAUACUUGACAUUUACUCAAAAUAUUGAAAGUUGCAGGACUCACCACAGCUCUAACUUUUCAUUAAAGUUAUCUAAGGCUGUCCUCUCUGCAUUUGGCCUCUUUUUUUAACUUGAGGUCAUGGAGAGCACAAACUGGGAUCAUCUCUGAGCUUCCUAAUGAGAAAAGCCUUAUUCAGACCUCCGGCACCCGAGUGGGGGGAGUUUUUCAGCUGAAUCACAGAGAGCCCACUGAGAGAGUUUUGUUAAAACGGGUCAGUGGAGGAUAAAUGAGGGAAUUAAGUGGGUAAAAGUUACCAUGCAGGAGGUCGAUGCACUGGCUUCCCCUUCUUAAGUCUAUAAUCUGUCAGGAUCUUAUCUCAACCGAGCUGCAGCUUACAUGACAAGGUUAAACAAACCUUUCGUCUCGUGGUGCAGGAGCUUCAGAAAAACGCAUUUCUAACAAAAUGUGCUCAUUACAAACACAAAAAGCACAAGUCCUUUAAUUGGAGUGAUCUCCAGCUCACUGUCAGGAACAUGUCAGGCUGAUUGUUGCGUGUUACUGUGUCCUGUUUCUGUGCUAAUGCACUUAAGAGAUAUUACUCUCUCUUUGAGAUGAUUAUUUCCUAUCAUCCAAUCUUAACCCCCCUGUCAGCCACGCCCACGCCCAGGAGUUAUUUCUGUCCGUCACUGUCAGGAGGGUCUUUGGGCUCAAUGUAUGUGGUGAAGAAUAAAGAUCCAGAUUGACUGUUUAGUUGAAUUAAUCAGGGUUUAUUUUUAGGGUCAGUCCACAGUCACAUGCAUUACCUUAACCCUCCUUAAAAACCACAAUUAGCUCCAGAGUAAUACUUUCCCCCUGUGCUAACUUAAAGAUCUUCUGCUCAUAUUGACCUGCUGAACUUUGCUGACCCGACAUUCCUCUCAGUCUGAGAUCUACUUUGUGUAAACCAUGUAUCCCCUUUGGAUUACUUCACACUUGAGUUAAGGAAAUCUUUAAAUCUACACCAAGUUUAGUCGACCCCCAUAGCUUGCUCUGCAGAUCCUGCUGCUCCAUGUUCCCUAAAAGGUCAGUUUCUCUCUGGUCAUGAUGACUGUAAACGGUGUUGUGAUCAUGUUUUACGUAACUUGCUGGUCUCCAUUUUCCUGCCAUCUUGUGUUUACGGUAUGCAUCAUAGUUCUAUUCUGGGACUUCACCAUUUUCUAUACAUGUAUAUAAGCUGUGAUCAUAUACUGUUUGCUGCCUUAAUUAUUGCUAAUGAAAUGAUCAAUACAGGAAAUAGCAGUAAAUGUAUUUUUUUCUGAGGGUAGUACCAAAGACAAGGUAAGGGGAAGAGUGUCAGUUCAUAGAGAUAGUUCCCAUUUUUUGUUCGAGGUCAGUCAGUUUACCACAAAACCUACCCUGAUGGACAUUUAGCAGCGUCUCUUCAUUCGGAGUCCCUCCCACAGCAGGCUGAUGGGUCAGAAGCCCAGGACGGCCCACUUUCUUACUUUUACUGUCAUAUAGCUGUGACUCAGUGUGUCUGACCUUCUGACCUCACUAUAAAGUCCAGUAACAUGAACUGUAAAUGUCUGUCCUGCAGUCGGGUCCUCAGUAACGUGGAGGGGAAGUACUUGAUGGACAGUGUACCGUUCAGCUGCUGUAACCCUGGUUCCCCUCGACCCUGCAUCCAGCACCAUUUGACCAACAACUCCGCCCACUAUGACUAUGACCACCGAAUUGAAGAGCUCAACAUCUGGACCCGUGGCUGCCGUGAGGCCCUCUUCUCUUACUUCAGCAGCAUGAUGUCCAGCAUUGGAGUGCUCGUCUUUGCAGCCAUCAUCCUGGAGGUAAAGAUCCACCCACAGCCAAUCUGCUUCAACACCAACCUGGGCUUUCCCUAUCCUAUGAAAUCAGUCUUUUUUUCUCUCUAUGAGAGUGUCAGAGGGAUACAACCUCUCAUAUCGGCACAGAGUAUUAGGAGCUACAGCUCGCAGCUGAAAGGUGUGGCUUUACAUUGGUACACAGAUUGA